CAUGGAUCGUUGUUUUAGCCACAGUUGCAGUUGUCGGCUGCAUUGGAAUCUUUAUUUUGCUGUUCUGCUUUAGAAAAAAGAUUUUCUGGCAUAAGUACCUCAGGUUUUGGGAAUCGAAAGCUGAGGAUCAUCGAAAUAUUGAAGCAUUUCUCAAGAACAACGGGCCAUAUGCUCCGAUGAGAUAUAGUUAUUCAGACAUCAAAAAGAUGACUAGUAGCUUCAAAAACAAACUAGGCCAAGGAGGAUAUGGUUAUGUAUACAAAGGAAAUUUACAUAAUGGAAAUCCUGUUGCUGUGAAGGUUUUGAAUGGACUAAAAGGCAGUGGUGAAGAAUUCAUUAAUGAGGUAUCGAGUAUUAGCAGGACAUCACAUGUUAACAUCGUGAGCCUCGUGGGAUUCUGUUUUGAGGGUCGAAAAAGAGCUCUAGUUUACGAAUUCAUGCCCAAUGGAUCACUUGAAAAGUUCAUCUAUGAGGAAAGAUCAGACACAGACAGAGUUCGUCAACUAGAUUGGCAAGUACUGUAUAAAAUUGCAUUAGGCAUUGCUCGUGGAUUGGAGUAUUUGCAUCGUGGUUGUAACACUCGGAUUCUACAUUUUGAUAUCAAGCCUCAUAACAUACUACUUGAUGAAGAUUUCUGUCCUAAGAUAUCUGACUUUGGACUUGCUAAACUCUGCGUAAAAAAGGAAAGUAUAGUGUCAAUGUUAGGUGCACGAGGGACUAUCGGUUACAUUGCUCCUGAAAUUGUUUGUAGAAACUUGGGAGGCGUAUCACACAAGUCUGAUGUUUAUAGCUAUGGAAUGAUGGUGUUAGAGAUGGUUGGAGGAAGGAAAAAUGUUGUUGAUCGAACGAGUGAAGUCUACUUUCCAGAUUGGCUUUAUCAACGAAUAGAACUAGACGAAGAACUUCAAUUAAUCGGGAUAAUGAAUGAAGAGGAGAAAGAAUGUGCACGAAAAAUGGUGAUAGUGAGUCUAUGGUGCAUCCAAACUGGUCCUUCAAAUAGACCAUCUAUUACUAAAGUUGUCGAAAUGUUGGAAGGGAACUUGAACUCUUUGCAAAUUCCUCCUACGCCUUACCUAUAUUCUUCCUCAAGGUCAGAAGUAAAAUUGAUCUCAUCAGUAGAAGAAUCGAGUUCCCGAUCAACUCUCUCUACCUCCACGAGGUAG